AUGGCGAAGCGCACUCUGCGCUGUGGGGCAGCAGGAGGAGGGGAGGUCGUUGACUCCUGGAGCGGCAGCUCGAUCGAGCCCACCACCAGGGACCGGAGGCGGGGUUGCUCGGGGUCUCCUGGAGACAGGCAAACGGCCGGCGACGAGGACAUGGGCUGGGAGGCGGAGGCUGGAGGGGGCGCUUGGGCAGUGGGUGGGGGCUGGGAAGCCGCAGCGGCGGCGGAUCUGGGCGCCGUCACAAGGUGCCAAGGGACGCCUGGGGCGGGGGCGAGGCUAACGGCUCUUUCCAAUCUGGAUUCAAAGACCUUGAAGGAGGAACAAAGAGAGGAGCUAUUUGAAAGUUUAAAGGUCAAUAGCUCUAUUGGGUGGGAAGUGGAUGUCAUAUGCCCAAAGGAUCUAUCUGCUAAAAUGUUAAAAAAGUCAAAAGUUAAUCUGAAUGAAAUAUCACAUAACUCUGCCAUGGGCCUUGUUAGAAAACUGCUUGACAUGGGAGUUCUACUGGCAGAAGUAUAUAUAGAUACAGUGGGAGAUCCUGAAAAAUAUAGGAUCAAGCUGACAGAAAAGUUUCCAGGAAUCAAAUUUGUGGUUGCCAAAAAAGCUGAUAGCCUUUACCCUGUUGUUAGUGGAGCAAGUAUAGUUGCAAAGGUCACUAGGGACAGAGCCUUGCGAAACUGGGUGUUUGAUGAAACGACUCUGAAUAUGCACAUGAAAACUGGAUCAGGAUAUCCAGGAGACCCUGAUACUAAGCAAUGGUUAGAAGAUCACAAGCACCCUGUGUUUGGCUUCCCAACUUUAGUUCGUUUUAGUUGGGGAACUUGCACGCCCUUCUUCAAGGAUGCAGUUGAGGUUACAUGGGAGUCUGAUGAAGCUGAUGAGGAUGGAACUGGCAAUGGAAGCACCAAGCGGCAAGUGAAGCUCUCAAGCCUAGGCUUUACUGGUUUCAAAAGGAAGACUGAGGAGAUUGAAUCAAGCGGAAAAGGCCGCUGCAAAUUCUUCCAGGCUCGCAAGCUUGAGCUGGUCAGGAAGUUCCAGUGA